AUGCCCAGUGAGAAAGCUGCAGAUGGCAAGUCAUAUGUAAACCCACCAGCAGAAAAGAAGAGUGUAGCGUACACCUCUUUCGUAUCGCCCAUCACCAAUGGCGAUCGUGGUGGUUUCGAGUACGCAGAUCAUGGCUAUCCAAUUGAAAGAGGUCCAAAACUGACGGCAGCUAGCAUUCACAUCUACUUCCUGCAGUCUGAGCCAGAGGAGCUGAAAUUUGCGACCGAGCUCUGGGAACGCAUACGGCGAGAAUUUCCCGAACUCCGCAUCUACAGGAUCUGGGAUCGACCUCUUGGACCCCAUCCAAUCGGCAUGUUUGAAGUCAACUUGUUCACGCCGGAGCAGUUCGGAGCUUUCAUUCCGUGGUUGGUGAUUAACAGAGGCUUUACGAUUGUGCUGAGAACGAUCUUUGCAACGUGUUUCCUGUCAGUUCCUGCCUUCUUGUCGCUCCUGUUGUUGGAUGCACGGAUCAAAACAGGUAGCGGGUUCUCAGGAUGUGUGUCCCAUAACGGAUCGUCAGUGACCUUUGUGGGCGUAGCCGGCGUCGAUGUCGAGUCAAAUGUCAGGCGCUUCUGUGUAAGCGCCAUGGGUGGAGAUCCUGGAAAUAAAAGCAAGAGCAGCGGCGGACGCAAUGGACCAGUAAAUCGCAAAGAUCGGCGCAAAGCCGAACGAGAUCAGAAGAAGACGCAACGAACGCAACGGAAAGGGGCACCUCCGCCUCCAGUUAUACAUGCGCAGAUUGGAUCACGGAAGGCGCCAGUGCAGCAGGAAGAAGAGGAUUCUGAGGUCGACUGGGAAGAAAGCGACGACGAGCCAGCUCCUGUAAAGAAGGAAGCAGCGCCGAAGAGCAUUCUGAAGAAGAAGGCUCCAACGGAGGAAAGCGACGACUCGCCCACACUUGCCUAUGUAUCUCGCGCCGUUCAGGAUCGACUCGACGAAGAAGAGAGGGAGAUCCGCGCACUGGAGAAGAAAUUAGGCAAGAGAAAGAAGUCGGCAGGAGGUGGAGACGAUGAUGGGUUGGACGACCUCUUUGGUGAUCUCGGGGAUUUCAGCGACGACGAUGCACUCGAGAAUCCUGUAUCGAAGAGGAAACGGGCAGAGGAUGAGGACUGGCUUGCAAGCAAGAGGCGCAAAGCCCUAGGGAAGACUGCCCCAUCAGCGCCAGAAUCGGACGAGGAUGAGGAGGACGAACUAGAGAACCCCUUCUCCGAAGACGAUGAUCUCGAUACUGACGAUCUAGACGGCGACGAGAAUGGAGAUCUUGAAGAUGGAGGUCUGGAUGACGAUAUGGACGAUGAGGAGGGCAAUAUUGAGAACCCGUUCUCUGAAGACGAGAUAUCAGGAGACGAGGAAGACGCAGAACCAGCACCUCGAAUACGAGAGAACCCAUAUGUUGCGCCAGUGGCGGCUAACGACGCUCCAACCACGAAAUACAUACCUCCGGCUCUGCGAGGGCCACCUUCGUCCGAUGCCGAAGCACUCAUGCGUCUAAAGCGUCAGGUCCAGGGUCUCAUCAACAGACUGUCAGAGGCCAACAUCCUCACAAUCCUGAAAGAUAUCGAGAAGAUCUACGCAACUAAUCCUCGUGGUUAUGUCAACACCACUUUGAUCAAUCUGCUCAUCGACAUGCUCUCUGACCCCUCGGCUCUCCUCGAACCCUUCAUUAUUUUGCAUGCCGGUUUCAUCUCAGCGGUUUACAAGGUCGUUGGACCCGAUUUCGGUGCCCAGAUUGUAGAGCGCAUCGUCUCUGAGUUCGACAGGCAUUAUCAACCGAACAAGGACGGUGCCGGGAAGCACACUACGAACCUCAUGUCAUUAGUGUCCGAACUGUAUACCUUCCAAGUCAUUGGCAGCAACAUUGUCUUUGACUACAUUCGCUUUUUCCUCAACGAGCUCUCCGAGAUCAACACGGAGCUCUUGCUGAGGAUUGUGCGUGCAGCAGGUCCCCAAUUGCGCCAAGAUGAUCCAACUGCACUCAAGGACAUUGUCGUUUUGCUGCAGAAGUCGGUUGCCAGUGUUGGUCAGCAGAAUCUGCCAGUCAGAACGAAAUUCAUGAUCGAGACUAUCAACAAUCUGAAGAAUAACAAGAUGAAAACAGGUCUAGCUGGAGCCUCGAUUACACGGGAACGCACAACACAGAUGAAGAAGCAGCUGGGUACCUUAAACUCCAGGAAUCUCAAAGCCACAGAGCCAUUACGCGUUGGCUUGAAGGACAUAAGAGAUACAGACAAGGUGGGCAAAUGGUGGCUGGUGGGCGCCAGCUGGAAAAACCAAAGCCAGAACGACUCGCGCACAGAAGAAGAAGAGAAAGAGCCGCGUGGCAAGCGGGUCGAGCUCGAGGAGGAAGAUGAAGAUGGCGAAGUGGAUCUAGCUCAGCUGGCUCGAGAGCAGCGGAUGAACACAGACGUGCGUCGAGCCAUCUACGUCUCGAUUAUGUCUGCUACCGACUUCAAGGAUGCGCAGAUACGGCUGAACAAGCUGAAUCUGAAGAAAGCACAAGAAGUCGAGAUACCCAAGGUCAUCAUCCAUUGCGCAGGAGCCGAAAAGACCUACAAUCCGUAUUACACGAUCCUUGCGCGAAAGGUUUGCUCAGACCACAAGACACGGAAGAGCUUUCAGUUCGCCCUCUGGGACAUCUUCAAGAGCCUUGGAGAGAACCAGGAUGGCGGCGCAGACUCAGACGACGAGGCAGAAGACAGCAAGGCUGUGUCAAUACGGAAGCUGGUCAACCAGGGCAAGCUUUACGGAACGCUGAUCGCCAAGCGCGUUCUGUCCAUUACCUGCCUCAAGAAUCUCAAUUUCCCAUACUUGCAGCCAAAGACGAAAACCUUCGUCGAGGUCAUGCUCGUCACAGCGAUUCUCGAAACGCAGAAGGGUGCGAAGGAGGAAAGGAAAGACACAUCUCUGUUGCAGACGUUUGUUGAGGUCGACCAGGCACCCGAGAUGGUUGCAGGACUACAGUUCUUCCUCAAAAAGGUUGUGGGCAAGACCGACAUUGUCGAAAGAUCGGAGAAGGAGACGGUCAAGUGGGGAUGCAAAGCUGUAAUCGGCGUGCUGAACAGGAUUCUGGCCACGAACACGUUAGAAGAAGAUUAA